UAGUAAGUCCGCAAUGCAUUUUCAAUCGCUUGGUAUUAAGCUUGCUCUAGUCAGUUUCUAGUGAAAAUCUCUACCAAGGAGAUGCUUCCUUCCUAGCACGUCAGAGGUCGAAGAAGUAUACCACGUGACAACAACAUAGAUGCACGUCACCUAAAGUCACACAUUUCAAAGGGUCAGAGGUUACAGUGCUUCUGGUUAAGUAAGGAAACAUGGUUGCUUGAGUUGUAACGUUAAGAACAUCUUCAAAUUCAUCUGGAAACCCUGACAUAAUGCUGCUCCCAUCGUUACGAUUCGUGGUAUCAUGUGGCUGUCGUAACGCCGGACGAAGCUUUAAUCAAAGCCAGCGGACCCCUCUACGACAAUGGGUGCUAAAGAGGUGGCAAACCACAUCAACCUUAACUGCAGAAGCAGGCACUGUUAAAGCAACGUCUACGGUACCUAAUGCUGCCACAAACCGUAUUGUUGGAAGAUGGCUGGUUGGUUGCAGUGGAUUGGUAUUGGGAGCAGUUGUUUUAGGUGGGGUAACCAGAUUGACGGAGUCUGGUCUUUCAAUGGUGGACUGGCAUUUAGUGAAAGAGAUGAAGCCACCACAAUCACAGGAAGAAUGGGAAGCAGAGUUUGCCAAGUACCAACAAUUCCCCGAGUUUAAAAUAAUGAACCAUGACAUGACACUCACUGAGUUCAAAUUCAUUUUCUACAUGGAGUGGGGUCACCGCAUGUGGGGCAGGCUGGUUGGGUUGGCGUAUAUCCUCCCCACUAUGUAUUUCUGGAGGAAGGGCUACUUCACCCGCUCCAUGAAGGGACGAGUGCUGGGCCUGUGUGGGUUUGUCUUCUUCCAGGGCCUCCUGGGCUGGUACAUGGUGAAGAGUGGGCUGGAGGAGAAGCCAGAGUCUCAUGACAUUCCCCGAGUGAGUCAGUAUCGCUUGGCCUCCCACCUGGGCUCCGCAUUGGUGCUCUACUGCGCCAGUCUGUGGACGGGCCUCACGCUCAUGCUGUCCCCCAACCAGUUAAGAGAAACAAGACGCCUCACCCAACUGCGCCGAUUCGCCAAGGGGACAGGGGGAUUGGUCUUCCUCACAGCAUUGUCAGGGGCCUUUGUAGCUGGACUGGAUGCUGGUCUUGUGUACAACUCCUUCCCAAAGAUGGGAGAUCGUUGGAUCCCUGAUGACCUGUUGGCUUUCUCUCCCAACAUCAAAAAUGUCUUUGAGAAUCCUACCACGGUGCAGUUUGACCACAGGAUACUGGCAAUAAGUUCACUGGCUGCCAUCACCGGCCUCUUCUUCUACUCCAGAAGAGUGCACCUGCCUCGUCGGGCAAAGAUUGCCAUUAGCUGCCUCACCGCCAUGGCUUACACACAAGUGGCUCUGGGCAUCAGCACGCUGCUGCUGUACGUGCCCACCCCGCUGGCCGCCACGCACCAGUCUGGCUCUGUGGCGCUGCUCACCUUCGCCAUCUGGGUCCUCGCUGAAUUGCGGAGGGUCGCCAAGUAAGCCCUCUUGAGGCUCACGCAGUGCAGCUCUUUCACUCUUUGCAGCUACAUGUUUGUGGAGAGACUGUAAAUUUGCCCCCCCCCCCCCCGCUUAUGGAAAUGGCCUCCUCUCUCUGUCCAACAUCAGAUCGUUCCAAUGCAGUUGACGCUCAAUGCCCCAUAGUUUGCCAUUUAUUUAAUCAUUUCUCACACACGUAAGCACACACACUUGCGGAUUCCACUCUUAGCCCUAGCAUACCUGGCCCUGCCUUCUACCGGAAGCAGGCCUAUGACACUUAAGUUCAGAAUUGUGUACUAAACUUUUUUUACUCAUGCUUUUGAUAAUAGUUAUUUUCAGGAUGUGUGAAUACUUAAUGCAUUACAUGUGAUAACCAUGGCGAGCCACCAUGUGGAAUGAUUGUUGAAAGUUUUGAAAUGGAUCAUCCAUUGCCUUCCCCCAUUGCACUGCCUGACAGAUACAUCGAUGUUGAAUGGUAUAGAGAGUGAGGAGGAUUGAAGGGGAAUACUUAAGUACUGUGUAUAUUUAAAUUAUUGAACUUUGAAUUUUCUAGGUAUUAUUGUCAAUAAAUGUGUUGACAGAUGUUGUAAAA